CUUCCUUCAUAUAUCUUUUUUAAAACUCGCAAGUAUACGCAGAAUUUAGUUCGGUACGCAUUGAAUACGUAAUGCAUAAUUGCGAUCAUUGAACUGUGCCACCGGAAAGACAUAAAAUACAUUUCUUUUCUCGUCCACAGCACUUCGUUGUCACAGAGAAAUUUGCAAAAAAAACCAAAGAAAAAACUGGCUAUUGUGCAAUUGUUCCUUCAUGAUAUCUUUUUUACUUUGCAGUAGAAAAUGCAAAUUAUCGGAGAAGACCGUUGCAAAAAAUUAUAGGAUGUCUAUACGGAUAAUUCUUACUGUUUUCUAAUGUAACUGUAAUGGGAACUGAUCCAUACUCACUUGAGUGGGGAUGCACCGCGUGGGGAUGCGCUUGCAGAACCUGUUGGUGCUUUCUCAGUAUUACAUCAGAGCACCGGAUGUGCCGAUGCUAAUCUUUAUUUCCACGUGUCUACAAAAUUGUUGACGAAUGAUAGUUACGAGCACCGUCAGUCCGUCGUUGAAAAUCGGCCUCCGAUUGCUUGGUGUAUGGCCGGGUGUGUCGUAUUCCAUAAUUUCUUGGCUAAUUUAUAUGUCGAGUAUAGUGAUUUUACAGUACUUUCAGUACUUGUAUGUAUUCGCGCACUUCUCACUCAACGAGCUCUCGAACCUCGUGGACAGUUUGCCUACGACUUUAAAUUACACUUUGACGUUUCUAAAAUUGUCCAGUCUUUGGAUAAAUCGCCGAAUUAUUCACCAAAUCGUGGAUACUAUGAAUAAUGACUGGCAAGAAUGCGUCGGCAUUGAGCACCAUUUGUAUUUGAUGACAAUCAAAGCCAGUAUAUCGCACUUUUGUUCUAACGCUAUGUUGAGUUUUUAUAUCAUUGCUGGGAUACUUUAUCUCUUGGGCGAGUAUGCAAUUCAUGCUGUGCAUCUUGCGGGAGAUUACAAUGAUACCUCACGACAGCUUCCUGUGAAGAUACAACUUCCUUUCGAAACUGAGCAAUCACCGAUCUUCGAGGUGCUUGCUUUAAUGCUUUCUCUACAUGUUAUAUCAAACGUAUGCACAGUUUCUGUUAUAAACGCGUUAAUCUUUACUCUGGUGCUUCAUCUGGGUGGACAAAUCGAUAUUAUGUGUCAAGAUUUCAAAAAUAUUAAUGAAAAAAUUUCUUUCCGCAAAUCUUCCGCGUCUACAAUAGAAAUGCUAGUCGAGCGACACAAUAAAAUAAUCUUUCUUUCCGAUAACAUGGAGAAACUUUUUUCUUUUAUCGCGUUAAUGCAAGUUUUUUGGAAUACUUUAGUUAUGUGCUGUUUAGGCAUCAUCGUUAUAAUAUCUGUUAAUAAUGGAGCCGGUAUUAUCAUGAUAGUGAAAACGAUUUUCGCUUACUUUGGUAUAAUGAUAGAAAUUUUUAACAUUUGCUUCGCAGGAGAAUAUCUUAGUCUUAAGAGCAAAUCAAUCGCUGAUGCAGCGUAUGAUUCGUUGUGGUACAACUUGCCAUUAAAUAAAAGUAAACUUAUAUCAUUCAUAAUAAUGAGAUCACAGAAGCGAUUAGCAAUCACGGCUGGAAAGAUGACGAAUUUGUCAUUGGAAGCUUUUACAAGCAUUAUGAAGGCGUCGGUAUCAUAUGUAUCUGUCUUGUAUGCGAUGUAUUGA